AUGCUUUCAAAUUUGGUUUUAAUAUCAGAAAAGCAAAAAUCUCUGGGGACGAGUGUGAUCAAAACGGAUGGCAGAUUGAACAAUUCCUGUUCUCAUUGUCCUGGUGAAGAAUGGUUUCGUGUAAAUUGUGACAACAAAGAAAAAAAUUAUGUUUGUGGCAGCAAUGGCAUAGAAUAUGGAAACGAAUGUGAACUGGAACGGGAAAGGUGCAGAACCAAUGGACAUGUUUUCAAACGUGUUUGUGCAGGAGAUUUUACAUUCUGCGACUUUGAAAAGGAUACUUGCGGUUUAACUGGUUCCAACUGGAUACGGCGAAAAGGAAACACUAGCAAAAAUAAUGGACCAAAUGUUGAUGCAAGUGGUAAUGCAUCCAGAUUUUAUUACCAUUUCGAAGCUUCUGGCUUAUUGCCAUUUUCAGACCAUUUAGUUUCUGUAACAGUUCCCAACCCCAAUAAAAGCCAGCAGGGAUGCUUGAAAUUUGCGUAUUAUAUGCAUGGGACGCACGUUGGUGCACUAUCAGUAAGGUUAUCUGCUAAGAAGAAACCACUACGAAUAGUGUGGACAAAAUUUGGCAAUCAAGGUAGUGUGUGGAAACAAAAGGAAAUAUCGUUACAAAACAUAUUGAACUCAUGCGACACUAACUUCUUCAAAGUAAGGAAACUAUUGUAAAGUGAUUAAAACUUAUAGUUCUGCGUCUUUACAUUUUUUUAAGCGUUUCAUUAUGUUUGUCUGUUUGUGCAACAUACGUUUUAACCAAAUAAUUUGACACAGCGUUUAGUUAUAGUUUUCUUAGAAGUUAAAAAUAAAACAAGAAGCCCUGGGGCUUUAACGUCAAUACCAAUUAUUCAAUUAAUGAAGCCAUUACAGUGCAUUUAAAGUUUUGAGGCCAAAUAACUUGGAAACAAGGGGGUGACGUCGAUAAUUGUUCACCGCGUGGGUAACUAGGGACGCCCUAGGACCAAUUUAGGGAAAUUUCCCAAACCCAGGUCUCCGAAUCCUUUUUGGAUUGGACGGGUUGAUGACAUCAUCAAAAAACCUUCAAACCCUCAUAUCUCUGCAAACGUUUAUCAAAAGUACAUAAUCCUAUACAUUUUCUUGAUCAGCCUUUCAAGAUCUAUACGACUAAGGCAACAGGUAUAUAAAUUUCUAUAAAAUUUUUUUAAGGUUUUGAAAGGUCUUUGCCGACGUCAGCAAAA